AUGCCUCGUGGACUUAACGCCGCGCGCAAGCUGCGCCUUCACCGCAAGGACCAGAAGUGGUCUGACCUCAGCUACAAGAAGCGUGCCCUGGGUACCGCCUUCAAGUCCUCCCCCUUCGGUGGUUCCUCCCACGCCAAGGGCAUCGUCCUCGAGAAGGUCGGUGUCGAGGCCAAGCAGCCCAACUCCGCUAUCCGAAAGUGCGUUCGUGUUCAGUUGAUCAAGAACGGCAAGAAGGUCACUGCUUUCGUCCCCAACGACGGUUGCUUGAACUUCGUUGACGAGAACGACGAGGUCCUCCUGGCUGGUUUCGGUCGCAAGGGCAAGGCCAAGGGUGAUAUUCCCGGUGUCCGUUUCAAGGUCGUCAAGGUUUCCGGUGUCGGUCUGCUCGCCCUGUGGAAGGAGAAGAAGGAGAAGCCCAGAUCUUAA